AUGGCAAUGGCGAAUCCUCAGGAAGUUAAUCCAGGUAAUGCAAGUCUUGUUUCACAGAUUCAUGUUCAAGUCGACAAACGGAAGGAAAAACAUGGAAAAGAUUUGUCAGAGCAGCUGAAUAUGAAAGGCGUUUUUUUACACGUACUAAGUGACGCAAUUGGUUCAGUUAUUGUCAUCAUUACGGCUCUUGCGUCUUGGUUAUUACCUGGACAGAAAGUUCUUAAACUUUAUUUGGAUCCGAUUUUAAGUCUCAUUAUGGUUGCUUUAAUAAUUGCUUCAACACUGCCACUCGUACGGGAAACGGCUCUAAUUCUCAUGCAAACUACGCCCGGUUUUAUAAAAUUAGAUCAGAUUAAAAAGGAGUUGCUUGAAAUUGAGGGAGUAGAGGCGAUACAUGAAUUUCAUGUUUGGCGAUUGGUGGGUGAGAGAAUUAUUGCUACGGUGCAUAUCAAAUUUUCUGAUCUAAGAGCAUAUUUGGCUGCUGCUGAUAAAAUACGUACAUUAUUUCACAAUAAUUGCAUCCACAGUACUACUAUACAACCGGAAUUUUCAGAAAUGGCGAAUGCUCUAGGAAAUAAUGGAACACAUUGUGCAUUGGCAUGUCCACCCGAAAAUUGCAGAAGAAAUAAUGUAACUUGCUGUAAGAUAACGGAAAGCAGUUCAUCUUCUAAUUUAGAUUCGGUAUCAUGUUUAUAA